AUGAUACAAGUAACCUGUCGACCUGAUGAAUUCAAGUGUGGUGAGUCAAUAUGUUACGAUUCUACCAUUGUAUGUGAUGGGCGUCAAGACUGCGACUCAUCACCACAUGAUGAGGAGGACUGUGAUUACUGCGACGACGAUUACCCGAUCAUUCUUUCGGCGAGAAACUCGUCAUACGACAUCAAGUAUCCAGGCGGUCGGCUGAGAGGAGAUCCAACCAGCCUAACAUCCACAAGUGCCAACUGUUCCUGGACAGUGCAAGCCAGUAGCGACCAAGUUAUCCGAAUUCGCUUCUUGGUUCCAACGACACAUCCAUACCUAGAUGCGUUUGUCUUAAGUUUCACAGUGGGGUCAGAGACAGUUGCAAUGUACAAUGGAAAACUAAAGGAACCGAGUAUGUCGAUUACCAACUCGGCGGUCCAAAUUACCUUCAUCAAGAGUAACUUCGACUAUCCUGGUCGACUCCACUUGCGGGUUGAAUCUGAAUAUCCAGUGUCCUGUGAGAAUGGGACGGAAUUCAACUGUGAGCCCGAUAAUGUCUGCAUCCCGAUCAGCAAGAGAUGCGACGGAUUCCCAGAUUGUGACAGCAAAGCAGAUGAAAUAGGAUGUGGGGAAUGUCGUUCAAACAGAUUUCGGUGUUUGACGUCUGACGGACAGUCAAAGUGCGUGAGCAGUGACUAUAAUAUAUGUGACCUGGAACCAGAUUGUAAAAAUAUGUACGAUGAACUGAAUUGUGCUAUAUGUGGUCCACCUGUUAAUGUAUCUGACGGUGGUAUCUACCAGCUGACCUUACCACGCACCACAGAUUCAAUGUUCUGUGUGUGGUUGGUCUAUGCUUCUCCUGGCCACCUCAUCAACAUCCGCGUCAGCGAUACAUCACUCAUCAUUUUAGGGAACAUCCUUGUAGGCUCUGGCCACGACCCAAGUAACGAGAGCUCGACAAUCAUUAACAAAUCAACGGGCACGAUUCCCCAGGUUAUUACGGUUCAUUCGGGAAAGGCUUGGAUACCGUGCGCUGUAUCCAAUAACAACUUCUCUUUCGAAAUCACACAACUAAGUGAGGUAGUGCAAUGCAACACCACAACCGAAUUCGCCUGUUCGUCUGGAGUGCAGUGCGUAGCUGCCGACCUACGCUGUGAUUCUGUACGCGACUGCAACGAUUAUUCAGACGAGUUGGGAUGCUUAACGUGCAGCAAAGACCAGUACUUGUGUGGUCAUCAGGGCGCAUGUGUGGAUAGUCAGCAGAUCUGUGACAGUUACAAUGAUUGUGGCAACUUUGAAGAUGAAUGGGACUGCUAUACUACGUGCGGUCCACGUCUAGUUCAUGUCAACGUCUCCGUCGUAAUAUCGAUGCCGCCAACCCAAAAUGGCAUAUACGUGUGCGUUUGGCAAAUUACAAGUGACCCUAACACUUUCCUCACCAUGGAGGUUCUUAAGAUGGAAAUUGGAUAUCAGAGCUACGCAGCCUUUGGGAACGGGGAUGAAGUGUAUUCUCUAUCCUCCCUGGUCGCUAACGAAAUAAACGUACAAGUUGCUGGAACCUUAUAUCUCUUUGAUGGAAGUCAGGUGUGGAUGGUAACACGUUCCUUCUGGAAUGAAAUCGAUUUUGAGGUCAGGCUUAAUGCUGGAACGGUCAAAGGUUCUUGUGACGCCCAGAGUCUUCAGAGUGGCUCCAAGUGCGUGCCUGGCAGUGCACGAUGUGACGGUAGAGCAGAUCUACCAGACUACUCAGAUGAAGUGGAUUGCGGUUUUUGUGGAACGACCAACUUGAAUCUGUCAACUCACACAGAAGUGGUAACAGUGGAAGUUGUCAAUCCUAGGCCCCGUCAGCAGCUUGUUACAGUUUACGUACACCGCAACCAAGAUAUCCCCCUGGUUAUCGCUAACACUUCAUCAAACAUCAGCGAGUGCGUGUGGAAGGUUUCAUCGUCAAUAGGAAAUGUAAUAGAGAUCAAUGUUGCCAAGUUUGCCGGUAACAAUCUACGCAUUGGUAACGGCCACGACCCAAGUGAGGGCGUGCCCAUUUUGUCCCAUUCUUGGAUUUGGUUGUUUUACAGGAAACUAUUUUCUUCGGGUUCAGCUUUGUGGAUAACAACUGGUUUGUACAGUUACGAUUGGGAACCUUACCAGCUACAGUUUACCCUCCGUAGCUUCGCAAGUAUCGAUUGUGACGAGGGCCAGUUUGCAUGUUCUUCAGGGACUAAGUGCCUGGAACAAUCUUCGGUCUGCAACGGGAUUCACGAGUGUCCAACUUAUUCAGAUGAACUCAAUUGCACAAGUUGCCAGGAAGAAGAAUUUGCUUGUUCAACAGGAGAGUGCAUACGGAUCGAAAAAGUGUGCGAUCGGUACUCCGACUGCCCGAAGCUGAAUGAUGUAUACAACUGUGGUCUCUGCGGGGACCCAAAUAUAGCAUUGAAUGCUUCAGUUAGCCGAUUUUUCACGGCAGCAUUUGACGUAGAUCGCAGGUACGACUGUGUGUGGACUGUUACCGCUGAACCGUCUACACGAAUUCUAAUCACCGUUCUGACCUUGCGAUAUGCACCCACCACCUUCUGCGAUGGGAAUUAUGGAGACUUUGUUAGAGACAGCAACCGAAGCCAAUGUACGGAACUUGCCGACUUUGCAUCUUAUGAUAGAAUAUUCCGCCGACAUAUUUCUUCGAGUGGCCCCGCACUAUGGAUAAAGAACACCGGCUACCCUUAUGUUGAUAACUGGGAUAUUACGCUUACACUCAGUCAGUUCGUGGAUGUUGUGUGCCAAAAUGGAGAGUAUAAGUGUCCCUCUGGGAGAACGUGUAUCGACCAAUCCGCUGUCUGCGAUGGCUGGCCAGACUGCCCUGAGUACGAGGACGAAUUUGGAUGUAGAGGUUGUUCUGAGGAGGAAUUUACGUGUGGGACAGGCUGGAGCGGAUGCUAUGAAAAGAAGCAUAUUUGUGAUGAAUACGCCAGUUGCUCUGAUAAGUCAGAUGAGCUCAAUUGUGGUCCGUGCGGUGACAGCCUUAUCAACAUGACGCUAGGCUACGCCAACUUGACCUCGGCCGGGUGGCCAGGGAACUACCCAUCAAAUAUGAGAUGCUAUUGGGUUGUGCUGGCUCCCAUGGAACACAGAAUCCUGGUCAUAUUUAUCGAAUUUGAGACUGAAGGUGUUUACGAUUACCUGCAGUGGUCCAACGGACGUUCAUUUAAUGAUGGCCUCAAAAUAAGCGGGUCAAAUGGUCCCAGUAGAGUUGCCUCAAGAGGCAACGAAUUAGCCCUGCAUUUCUAUUCAAACUAUUACGACGAAAGCAAGGGAUUUUUACUUCAACUUGAACAAAGGUCCGAAGACGCAAUUUCAUGCGGAGUUGGAGAGGUAUUGUGCGACUAUCCGGAGUUCAUAUGUGUUCCUGAAAACACUGAAUCGCUGCGAUGCCCGACAAAUCAUUGCGGCGAGGAAACCAUCUCUGUGAACCUUCUACCAGUGAGUUUUUCUUCGCCAAAUUACCCAGCCGAUUACCCCGAUGAACUUGACUGCACGUGGACUAUCAUUACCUUGCAGUAUCGCGUGAUUUUUGUCCAAAUCGAGGAUUUUUAUACGGAACUUAAUGACGAUGUGUUGCUAUUGCAAGGUCCCACAUUCUACGGAGUCUUGCCUUCAGACUUCAGAUUUGACGGCACAACAAAAGUUCGCAGCAUGGUCUUCAACUCAUCGUCGAUUUUCAUUCAAUUUACAUCGGAUUGGAUUUUUGGGAUGAGAGGAUAUCUAUUAUCGAUUCAAAGCAGCUUGCCUUUCAAUGAUCCAACUUGGUGCGAAGAAGUGGAAUCGCCAAGCGAAGACUGUGAACAAUUUGGGAUAGAGAGAAUCCCGGUGUCGUGUGAUAUGAACAACAAAAGUCUUUUUGACUGUAAAGACGGGUCGUGCGUGAUUCCUGAAGCCAGAUGCGAUGGGUUUACAGAUUGUAAAAGCGGACUUGAUGAACAGAAUUGUCAAAAUACCCACUGCCCUGAGUUUUACGCGUGCAAUGCAUCCAGCAAGUGUAUCUACUGGGAGGAAGUAUGCGACGGCACGGUCAACUGCGGCUCUGGUGACGACGAGAUCGAUUGCGAUACCAAGCGUUGUCCCAAUGGCUGUCAGUGCAACUAUGACGUCGACGAUUUCCAUGUUCGGUGUCAACAAGGGUGGAGUCCAAGCACCCUCGCCAACACUGCAAGAAGGACACAGGCUCUACAACUUACUAACGGUGACAUCCUUACGCUUGAGUCGGGUGGUUUCAAAGGACUGCACUACCUCGAGGCGCUGUACCUGACAGAUAACCACAUACAAUGGAUACAGCAAGGUGCUUUCACUGGGCUGAAUAUAACAUAUUUAGAUAUUUCUAACAACAAUAUAACAAGGAUUGAUUUGCCCAUCUUUAACGAAUUGGAGCAACUCGAAACAUUGAUGAUGGUAAAUGUUCCCAUCAGGUCUAUUUCUACAGAUGCUUUCCAGGGACUGUCAAAUCUUGAAACACUUGUGAUCAUAACCAAACUACGAGGCGACAUGUUUAUUGAGGUGGAAAAGGGAGCGUUUCAGGAGUUAGAGUCUCUGCAAACUGUGUACGUUGACGACUACCGUUUAUGCUGUGAUUUUGCAGAGUUAGAACAUUUCUCGUUCGAAACAGACUGCCACACUACCGAGUUGCAACCACCACUGAACCUGUGUGGAAGUCUGUUGCAGAACAACGUGUUGCGCGUGGCAUUGUGGGUAUUGGGGUUGAGCGCCCUCUUGGGUAAUGUAGUGGUUAUCAUUUGGAGGAUAAAAGGCGCAGGUGGUAGAGGAGGUAAGAAGACGCAUUCAUUUAUGGUGUUGAAUCUGGCAAUUUCGGAUUUCAUGAUGGGUGUGUACAUGCUAAUGAUAGCAGGUGUUGAUCUUUCUUAUGGCGAGGCAUACUUCCGUACUGCUAGCGUGUGGCGGUCCAGCGUGGUGUGUAAGAUAGCUGGAGUGAUAUCGGUCUUGUCCAGUGAGGCGUCGGUGUUUUUCGUAACACUCAUCAGCAUCGAUUGCUUCUUGUGCAUUGUGUUUCCAUUCAAUCGUGGUAUCCACCUCCGAGAACGAUCGACAAAAAUUGCAGUCAGUUUGCUUUGGUUUGUGGCUUUUUCCUUGAGUGUUGUUCCUACUAUCUUGGUCGAACCAGAAUCAGAUUGGUAUGGACUCUCUGAUGUCUGCAUAGGACUACCUUUCACCACCAAAGCGACCAGGGAAGAUAGCAGCCAAGCUGAAUUAGACACCAACAAUCCACUAGGAAGCCAGCAACUUACUCUUAUUGGUACUGACAAGAAACCCGCCUGGAUCCUGUCGGUGGUUCUGUUUCUCGGUGUCAAUCUGGUUUGCUUCUUGAUCGUCUUCUGUUGCUACGUCGCCAUUUUUGUCAUUGUCAAAAGGUCGAGUAAGCUGGUGAGAAAGAGUUCUCAUCGAAACCGCGAAAUCAAAAUGGCCGUCAAGAUGGCGGUGAUCGUAGGUACGGAUUUCGCUUGCUGGAUGCCGGUGAUCAUCAUGGGAAUUCUCUCUCAGACUAACACGAUUGAAAUAGGAGCCGGUAUGUAUGGUUGGAUUGUUGUAUUUAUCCUACCAAUCAACUCCUCACUUAAUCCGUACCUGUACACGAUUUACUCGGCUUGCACACGGCAAACUACUAGCAAUAGUGAUUCGCAGGACAAAUCUGAACCAAAAAACCCAAAGGCAUGCUCAGUCGAAACAUUGGAUGUCUCAAUGUCUGAACUCAGACAAAAUUAAGCAGCUGCUAAGACAAGUUCAGAAUUAUUAUGUAAAUGAGAUUUAAUGUUCAAAAUCUCAUGUAGUAUCGUUGGACUCGUGAAGAGUGCAUAUCUAUAAGUUUGAAAAUCAUGAUGUUUGGAAUAAGUUUCCUACACUAAAAUAACACAAGAUGUAUGGUUUAAUUAAAACAAAUGUAAUGACUUUGAUUUCGAAAGCAGACACCCACACAGUCCUGUUGUUUAAUGUUUAGGAUGUACAUGUUCAACCCACAUGUAA